AUGGCCUCCCGGCCCUCGCACAGCCGCGAAAACUCGGCCUCCAACGGCAACAAUGACCACCGCCCUCUGCAGCCGAGCACCCUCCGCCAGAGCCACACGCCCGCGAGCCGACGCGGCAGCAGUCAGGGCAGCGACUCCGCCGCAGCCCGACAGCCCGACACGUCGCCCGCGUCGUCGUCGGCCAGCUCGCAGCGCAAGCAGCCCGCCGCUGCCACCGAGUCGACACCCUUGAUCCCGGCCGACGGGCAGCAGCAUGAACAGCAUCAGCGCAGGGACCCCGCACAUCCGGGAAUAUGCACCCACGGCACCUUCAGUCCGCGGCCCUCGAGCCCGGCCGACGGCAUCUUUGGCGGCCGUCUCCUCGAUGACAUGACCGCGAGCGAGACGACAGCCAGCGAGCCGCCCUCGGGCGUCCUCGACAACGCCAUGUCCAACAUCCUCGGCACCGACGACUGGAAGGUCUGGAUCAAGCGGAGGAUACGCACCAAGAAGGUGACCCAGAGCACGGAGCUGGCCCAGCAGGCCGGGUUCCGCUUUACCCCCAUGAUGUACCUGGCCUACUACAUUCCGUUUUUCAACUGGAUUGGCCAAUAUCAGCUCUCCUUCCUCAAGGGAGACCUCGUCGCUGCCCUCACGAUAGCCUCGUUCUACCUCCCAAUGGCCCUCUCCCUGGCCUCCAACCUCGCCCACGUGCCCCCGAUCCACGGCCUCUACGCCUUCGUCUUCAAUCCCCUGAUCUACGCCAUUCUCGGCUCUUGCCCGCAAAUGAUCGUUGGGCCCGAAGCCGCGGGCUCCCUCCUUGUCGGUACCGUCGUGCAGCAGAGCGUCGACACGGGUGGUAGCGAUGAGGAUAACGACCUCCUCCACGCCCAGAUUUGCGGCGUCGUCGCUGGCAUGGCCGGUGCCAUUGUCCUCAUUGCUGGGCUUGCGCGCCUGGGCUUCCUCGACAGCGUCUUGAGCAGGCCGUUUCUCAGGGGCUUCAUCAGUGCCAUUGGUUUCGUCAUUGCCGUGGAUCAGUUGAUCCCCGAAUUGGGCCUCGCCGACUUGGCCAGCGAGCAGGGUGUCAGCCACGGCAGCAGCAUCGACAAGAUCGCCUUCAUCGUCGAAAAUGUCGGCGAGGUACACCACUUGACGUUUGCCGUCGCGGGCAUAAGCUUCCUCGUCAUUAUGAUUUGUAGGGAGCUGAAGAAGCGCCUGGAGCCCAAGUUCCCGUCGGUCGUCUUCGUCCCGGACCGGUUCCUCAUCGUCGUCGCAUCGGCCAUUCUGUGUGCCCAUUUCCGGUGGGACAAGAAGGGCGUCGAGGUCCUCGGCUCCGUCAAGUCUGCCACGGGCGGGCUCUUUGCCUUUCGUUGGCCCUUCCAGCUCUCUCAUAUGCGCCACAUCCGCGCCGCAAUGUCGACGUCAUUUUUGAUAGCGCUUCUCGGCUUCUUCGAGUCGUCUGUGGCGGCCAAGAGCCUGGGUGGCAGUGACACGAUCCAGGGCAUGGAACUCAGCGCCAACCGCGAGAUGAUUGCCCUUGGGGUCGCCAACCUCGUCGGGGCAAGCUUCAUGUCCUUGCCAGCGUUUGGAGGAUACGGGCGAAGCAAAGUGAACAAGACCACUGGUGGCAAGAGCCCCAUGAGCUCCGUGUUUCUGAGCUUGAUCUCGCUUCUGUCCAUCAUAUUUUUGCUCCCGCAAUUCUACUUUCUUCCAAAACCUGUACUAUGUUCGAUGAUCUCCGUCGUUGCGUGGUCGCUGAUUGAGGAGGCGCCCCACGACAUUGCCUUCUUCGUGCAUAUACGUGGCUGGAAAGAGUUGUCGCUGAUGGCAAUCAUCUUUCUGUCAACCAUCUUUUACUCGCUGACGCUGGGCAUGGCGCUCGGCGUGGGCAUCUCCCUCUUGCUUGUCAUUAAGCACAGCACCCGCCCGAGGAUUCAGAUUCUCGGCCGAAUUCCCGGGACGAACCGCUUUGAAAACGCAGAGGCCGACAAUCCCAACCUGGAGUUCAUCGAGGGCUGCCUAAUCGUCAAAAUUCCCGAGCCCUUGCACUUUGCCAACACGGGCGAACUCAAGUCCCGGCUGCGGAGGUUGGAACUCUACGGGACGUCCCAGGCGCACCCGGCCCUCCCCCGGAUACGCAGCCAAGAGUCAAACCGAAACAUCAUCUUUGACAUCCACGGCGUGACGUCGAUGGAUGGCUCCGGGACCCAGGUGCUCGAGGAGAUUGUGCGCAGCUACCGACAGCGCGGCGUACGGGUCUUCUUCUCGAGGGGACCGAGCAAGCGGAGCCACCCGGUCUGGCAGCUCAUGGAGCGCAGCGGCAUCGUGGCGCUCUGCGGCGGCGAGUCUCACUUUGUCAUGGACGUGGAGGAGGCGUUGCGGUGGACGGAAUACGAGGAAAGCAUCAGCAUGGGCAGCGGGAGCAGCGUGCGUGAGUCGCAGUCAUGA